AUGGCAAAACUCUAUGAGUUAACUCAUGUUGUUGAUCGUAAAGGCUCUACACGACUCUCACAAUAUGCUGCAUAUGUGGAGCAUGUUAUGAAUGGAGUGAAUUCUGGCGUUGGUGGUGAGCGAAUUGUUGUCAGUCCACGAAACUUAAGUCCAACAAUUCCCAACCCCACUUCAGCUAAAACAGCAAUAGUCAUCCCUUCAUCAAAUGCUCUCCUGAAGCCACCAAGUCAAGUCGAUAAGUAUAUCUAUACAUAUAAAUGUCGUUUGCUCCGACAUGCGAGUCCACCAAAACCGAAUCCACCACCUCGAAUGUCUCCUAUUACGCAUAUGAAUAGGAGACCAUGCAUCGCAUACCCAUAUUUCUGUCCAUGGAAAGCAUGUAGUAAGAUAUUUGUAAGCUUUAUAUUACUGAUUGAACCUCGCCUAGAUUACUAG